AUGAAUGAACAGAAGAAAUUUAGAAGAAUUCUGCAACAUGGCAAGGAAGACGAAGAUGUUCCUGCAGAGUCUCCGAAGGUCAAGUGGCAUGCCGUCAUCGACUUUGUUUGCUUUCGACGGAAGGGCAUUGAAGACAUUCUGUCUGCCUCAGGGUGCAUCAAACAUUACGUUUUCAUAUCAUCUGAUAGUGUUUUCAUGGCAUGCGAACGAUCAAAGAUUGAAAGUUAUCAGUCGAAGUCAGGCCUUGAAGAGGAUCAUGCUCUUCCAAUCAACAACAAAAAGUCAAAGAGAGAAGCAAAAGAACGAAACUAUUAUCAAUAUGAAUACGGAGGAGGAAAGCUAGAUUGCGAGCUUUGCUUACAAGAAAAUUCCGAUAGAUUCGACAGAUACACCAUCUUGAGAUUGCCUGAUGUUAUCGGUCCCUUCGACAAUCUUGGAUCUUUCAUGAACUUACAGAAGGCGAUUUUGGCAAAUGAGACAAUUGGGACACGAGCAGUUCCUGAUCCUACCAUUCCAGAGUAUGUGAACAUGGUUGCUGAAGCAGUGGGAGUCGGAUGCAAGCAAGAUCCUGAAUUGGAAACCGAAUUGGUAUCCGUUGACUUCGGACCAAUAAGCAACGAAAAGGCGAAAAAGAUCUUACAAUGGCAGCCAACGCCCUUGCAGGAAGCUAUCUGCUCAACAGUAAACUGGUACAAAGAUGAGGAGAACGUGCAGUACACCUCCCACCUUGUUGACUCAAGGUGA